UUGACAACACAGAAAACUACUACUCAAGGUGUCGUACUACUCCUUAGAAUACGAGAAAUCACGCUCAUUGCUCAUUAAUCCUUAGAUGAGAGAUUCCAACAACAAAUCAGUAACAGCCAACAAGGCAGCAGUAUCCAUAACAUCCACUUUGUAUGACCGGCGAGCACUGGAUUGCACCGAAGACAAACCUCUGGUAAACUCAUUGAACCAUCUUACGUUCCUUGCCUCGUCUUCAUUGAAGGUGCGCGAGGCGUUGUCCCAGGAUGGAGGGCUGGAAAGAUUGGUCGAUAUCUUGUACGAAUGUCAAAGUCCAACGACCGAGAAAGAAAAAUGCAUCAGUGCAUGGAAAUGGGUGCUUGCUUUCCAGUGUUUAGUUCUGGUGGGGACCAGAGGCAAUGAGAGAAUCAGAAAGAAAGUGGUGGAUGCUGGAAUGAUUCCUAUAAUCGCAACGAUCCUUGACAACUAUGUCAUUUCGAAGAAGACCGCGUGGAAUUCGCAUUUGCAGAGCAACAAGGACAACUAUCUCAACGUUAGAACUACAAGCACUGCGAACACUACAGCCACAGAAGGUACCUCUGAAGUGGGCGACGACUUACAAACGAACGCAUCGUCGUUUACUGCUGCCACGGAUGAGUCGCAACUGGCGCAGCAGCAGCAGCGUAGCAACGAAAUGUACGAAGAUUUCAACAACGAUCAAAUCAACGAGGUGUUUCAGAAUGUGAGACGCCUCGUGGAGGAGGCGAACCAAACGGUUAUGGAGGCCGAGGCUGAAAUCCACAAACACGAGCAACAUAAAAAGAAAACCUUAGGCGAUUUGGGUCUGGGCAAAGCAGAGGCCCAACUUGACGAGGAGUACUCCAAAAUAUCCAAGUCCCUCACUUUCCUCAAUUUUCUCGAUAGACUCAACACUACCGAUGAUAUCUCGAAAAUCAAUCAAGAGCUCAUGACAAGUUACAGUGAGCUGACGAAGAACGCGGUAUUCACCAAUCAGCUAGUUAACAGCCCUGAAAUCUCGAACAUUCUGAGGGAAAACAUGUCCUCUACGGAUCUUCCGUUUUUCAGAGCCACGGAGGACAAAUUCAACCAGUCCAUUCCACGCAAUUUCGAAAACGGGAUCUUGAUUCCGAAAGAGGACGAUGUUAUUUGGUCGUUGCAAGUGCUGGCAUUCAUCUCCAAAUACACUUAUCUGAGAUAUAAACUUGUCGAUACCUACAUUGUGAAUGGGCUAUCUCUUAGAAAUUACAAUAUACCGCCUCCUUUGGAGACUGAUUGCGACAUGAACGAAACGGGCGAUUUACUGAACGAUAUUUACGACGACGAGGACAGUUCGGAGGAUGAAGAGGUGGCGAACGACCUAAAUGAGUUUGUGAUUCCAAACGAAAAUAAUUUCGGCGUGACUUCGAGCCUGACGCACCAGCAGUUCCCCGAGAACAUAUCGCUGGGCUCUAGCUCGACGAAGUCAAAGAGGCAAAAAUACAGCGACCGCAAGUGCGAAUCGAAAUACGCGCAUCUGUUACGCGAUUACAACUCACUUAUAAACGAGCAGGAUCGGAUAGAGAAGGCGACGAAGCUAGAAAAGUUUGCUUUGAAUAUUUCACGGUACGCGCAUCGCGAACACAAUAUUCUGAGACUCCGAAACAACCAGAUCUACAAACGCAAAAAAGACAAAUACGCUUCCACAUGGGACUACGACGAGUGGGACGAUUUCGAGAUGGGGCCUUUAUCUUUGAUGUUCCCCAAUUCCCAGACGAUCGACCCAAACAUCCGUCCCAUCAAACGGGUCAACAUAUUUCCACUUGUCGAAAAGUUUACUGUCAAGCAUUUGCAUUCUAAGGACAUUACCUAUUGGGCCUCUGUGAUUGUGCGAAAUUCCAACAGAAAGGACGAGAGCAAAGGGGGAAGACGGCAGUGUGCAUACUUUGGCUGUGGCAAGUGGGAAGACGAGCCUCGCCAGUUUGCCAAGUGCCGGCGAUGUAAGCGUGCGAAGUAUUGUUCCAAAGAGUGUCAGUCCAAGGCUUGGACGUACCACAAGUAUUGGUGCAAUGCUGCUAGCGGGUCUACCAGCACAACGACAGGGUCUGGGACCGAAGCAGGUGCACAGAGCUGGGGAGAACAAGCGGAGCAGACAGACCAGACAGACCAGGAUCAUGAUUCUGCGCUUGGACAAUCGCAAUGACAGAUUUUAUGGAGUCUCUAUAUUAGUUUAGACAAACAGUCCCGAUUCCACCAUGAGCGUCAGCUUCAUGGUUUGUUCCAUGAAAGUGAGCGUGAGAACGGUGUGAGGAGCAAUUCUGAGCAACUGUGCUCCAAAUCCUUUAUAUAGAGCUCCAAUACCCUCACUUUUGACCGUCUUGAUGAGACAAUCGAUAGGACCAGAGUACUUGUUUCCCUUUUGGUUGUAGACUCUGGUGAGAAUAACGUCUCCUGGGUUCAUCACCACACCGACUCCGAGACCCGAGAUUGUACUGGAAAGCAGAUGAAGAUGCGGGCCUUCCUCAAUCAGUCCUGUCUUGAGCAACUCGUGCUUAGCAAAGUUGUAGAUCGGCAGCUGAACUGAGGAGCCCAUACCAGUUCUGAUGAUGGCUGCAUCCACUCCUCUGAAAAGUCCAAGCAAUCCGCCUUGUCUAUACUGCGAAACAAGUCCGUUCCACGUGGAGGUGUAAUGAGUUUGCUCACCAAUCUUGAUACUAGGCGAGUAAGACUGCAUCCGGGUCUUGAUGAGAUAGAAAGGUGAGCCGACAAUGGCUCCGGCUAUACCAGAUAGCGCUCCGGCUGCGACGUUGACCGGUAUGCUUUGGACCGAAUGUGCGUCCUUCGACGGGAAGACAACGGAGUUCAUGAAGUUUCUGACCGGCUCGUAAAGGCCGAGACGACAUCCGUUCAGUCCAAGUUGGUAGAUGUACGCGCAGAAUAGACCUUUCUGACACCCCCUGAUACCCUCGUUUUUGUAGAUAAGCCCCAGAGCCUGGAACGGAUUUUUGUAAACUCUCGGGGUGUUGGUUGCACUGGACAGCUCUCCUUCCAGCUGCAUUCUGGUUUUCACCAGCUCGAUCGGAUUCGUCACCGUCACAGCUCCGCAGGCCGCGAGUCCUCCAGCGAUGAACCCGCCAACGGUGGACACUUUCUGAGACGCUGUUUUGUCGGACAUCCAAGAUAUAGUGGAAAAAAAAUUAAUUCAAAACAUAAUCCAAAAAAAUCGCUCAUCUCCGUCAUAGUUUAUCCUUGAUCCCGUUCAAACGAUAUUUCACGUCCCUCAAAACCUUGGACUCUGGGUUCCAAUUAUCGAAUUCUUUGAAAACCAUGUCGAUCUCCUUCUCGCCGUCGCUCAGUCGCUUCUUGACAUCGAAAAACAGGCCUCUUGUGCACCACGGCAGUGUGAAUGGGUUGCUGCCUACUUCCGAGACGUCGAGCUCUCGGAAUCGGACCGGCUGUCUCACGGCAAGGCUUGAGUCCAUUGUUUUCAACGCAAAGUUGAGUGCGAGCUUGUAUACGUCGGGGCUGUUGUAGAUCCGAGAAUGGCCACCACCAGUAAGUGGACCUGCCAAGGCGUGACUCAUUUCAGCAAUCACUCCGUGAUCCGUGUACCCCAAGUUCUGUAGCAUGCACGAGAGCUUCACUAUGCGCGCAACAAAGUCCGGAGUGUUCGACUUGCCGUCAAUGUAGACCGCCUUGUAUAUGUUGGGGUGCGAGACAUGGUAGCCGAUGGAGGAGUAAAGAGGAACCAACUGGUCGUUGACAGAGCCCACUAGGGUGAUCUUCACAUUGUGAGCAAUCAGAUAGCGCACACUUUCUAGAUAUUUGCGGCUUUGCAAACUCUGGAAAUUCUGAAAUUGAAAGAGCUCCAGCAUGGACUCAUUCUCGAUGGACGAAUAAGCCCUAAUAAAUAGCGACUGGUCCAUUCCGUAGUAAGGACCAAUGUUGAUACCUGCCAUUCCUAAGAUGGCUAUGCGUUUAUUGUCUGCAAUUAGGCCAUGUUCUAUCAUCUUGGAAAUCAGCAUCAUGGCUACCGGAGUGCCCUGUGAGUGUGCACACACAUAGAUGAAAUCAGCCUUUUCCACCUCUUCGUGCCACUUCUGCAUUGCCUUAAAGAAAAACUCCACUCUGUCAAAGACCUUGCCUUCCUUUUCAAGUGCUAUCUUUUGUGUUUCGAUGCUCAUUCCCUGCUCUUGGGCCCACGCGCUGAUUGCAUCUUCUGCCGCCUGUGCAAAUCGUGCAGACGUCCCUGUGGGCUCGCCAAUAAGGGGGCGAAUCAUUUUGGUCGGGAAGAAUCCGUGAACACCAAUGAUGAGCACUCGUCGGAAGUUGGCUGCUCGGAUUUUCCUGCUGAGAUGGCCAAUUGGCGCUGGAUCGUACCCUGCCAGAGUUUUUAUACUAUUGAGGGCGGAAUAAACGUAGUUUCCCGGUGUAAUACACGGCAGAGACUCGAAUUGCGGCACCACCAAAUCGGGCCUGCUAGCUGCAGACGACAGUUUCUGUUUUUUCUUCUUUGGUGAAUCGGCUGGCUCCUGCCUCACCGGUUCAGACAGCGUAGCAUCUGUCUCUAUCGGGGUCGGUUGCUCCAUGGGUCUAGUAUUUCUGGGCCAGAACGACCACGAUUGCGCACGGUAUUUGGUGUCUUUGGGUCGCUCGGUUUCUUCAUUCUCGGCAUCCUUGCAUACUGACCCCGAAUCGGGCUCCAGUUUCGGGCUCACAGGCUCGCUCUUGAGCGAUUUGAGCGAGGCGUUCGAUGUCGACCGUGUUUGCAGUUGCUGUGUCUUAGAAAAGGCCCACGAAUUGAGCAGUUUCCUAGGCGCUGAGUCAGCGGCAAGUCCUGUGCUACUCACGUUUUCUUGGUUCAGUUCGUCUUCAAACACCUGGCUCUUCACUGAUCGUAGCAGCUGGUUUAUGGUGCCUCUCUUACCCUUGGUUGCAUUACUCAUUGGCGAUUG